UUUGCGUCGAAGCUGUCGUUUUUUUUUCAAAUAUUUAUUUUUUAGUUCUUUCUCGUUUCCUUGUUUUAUUUUGAGCUUUGUUAUUAACCCCACCAUGAGUAUAAUUCAAAGAACCUCAUUUUCACGGGCAUCGGUAUACUCCACAGACAACGAACCAACAUCGAGAUUAGGAUCAACAGUCUUGAUUGGUAAUGAUUUCGCUAUAGAAGAAAAAACCGAGGAGACCUUAGUCGCAAAAAAAGAACUAGUAAGACGCCAAAAAAGAUCAAAACCUCAAAAGAUUACAAAGACACCUGUUGAAAAUAAACCACGUAAAGUGGUUAAAAACCCUCAAAAGGCGGUUCCAUCCCAAGCCAUUUUACCAACGAUCGUAAAGAGCCAGAAAUCUUUGGUAAGCUCUAAAGAAACGUCACGGAAAUUCACUCUCCGUGAUCGUUUCUCUAGAAAUUACCUUUUGGACUCUCCUGGAAUUCGGUCUAGUGUAAUGUCUGUGGGAUCAAACACCUCCGUUUUAUCCAGAGCUUCCACAAGUUCGCGAAGAUCUAGAACCAGGACCAGCAGUAAUAAACUAUUUACAAACAAAAGUGGAUUCUGGGGUCCUUAUAGAAUAUUUGUUUUAAAACCUAAGAAGCCUCAAACUGCUGAAAUAGUACAGAAUUACCUGACAGAACAGAUAGUCGAAUCAUCAGAGUCCUUAAAUUCAAUACGUUUUAAUACCCCUUCGAAUUCCGAUUCAAAAAAAGCGGUAACUAGUAUUUUAUCGGAAUCCGAUCCUGAAAUGGAGCUUACUGUAUCGGACCAAGAAAGUGAUGUCGAAGAGCCGGAGGAUACGAAACAAUCCGAAAGAUUAAGGUUUUUGGAAAUAUUUGGUAGUCUACCUGAUAUAAACAACCUUUCUGCUAGUGACAGUGUUGAAAGUAUACAGUUUACCAAAGAGAAGGAAAGAGUAUUACCAGCGGUCAAGAGUGACAGAGAUCAGAAAGAAUCGGACUCAUUUGCAGAUCUCCAAGUGGAAGAUGAGUAUACCGAAUUUCUAGACCAAAAAACCCACAGUCUAGAGAUCAGUAGCGAAUCUGUAAGCGAAACGGGCGAGGAAAUCUAUAAUGAUGGCACAAUGCCAGAAGAAAGCCAUGAUAAAGAUAUAAGUGACCAUUUGCUUAGUAUCCAGAUCAGGUCGACAAUCUUCGACGCUUCCUCAUCGGAUUUGUUUAAUGAGAUUCAUAUGACUAAUGUAGCGAUGGUUGAGCAGUUCCUCAGCGGGCUAAUAAAUGAAGUGGUCAAGUAUGAUGAAAGUACUUCCGUCCGAUUGAGACGACUGCUAGACAAAGAAAAAAUGCUGGAGGAGCUGUACCUACUGGUUAUCGACUAUCAAUGUGAAAUGCAUCGCAAUCAGGUUCUCGAGAGGAGCGUCUCAGAUUACUAUGUAAGGCGUAAGGAGUUUUCCUUGGUCAGCGAUGACAAGCAAAUCGACACGCUUAACCGCGAAAGGCUGAUGUCUGCUCUGAUAGAGCUUGAUAAUCGUUUGGAGCAAGUUAAGCUGACUGAGGAGUUAAGUGCUAAACAAGUCAAAGCUUUGAUCGAAAAGGAGGCAGAAGCCCGAGCUUUGGAUGCCCAGAUAUUAGCCAAAUUUGAAGCGAAGGUCAGGGAAACCCUUUGCAAGGACGAACUUGAUCGUAUAACAAUUGUCGUGAAUGACCUCCUCAAAAAAAUGAACAAAGCUCGCGAUGAAACAUCCGAAGUACGGGAGGAAUUGCUUUUGGUUCAGCAUCGUUUGCAGGCCCUAAAGAACAAAUCCGAAAAAUUGGAAAAUCUUGGAGGUGGCCUCCGCGUCCUUGAAUAUAUUUCUAAUCAGGCCCGGAACAACGCUCUGAGGCUUAAAAUUAAAGAAAAGGAAUUAGAACUUAAGCGGUUUCGCGACCGCAAAACCUAUGAUGUCCAUGCGAUGGCCCACUUGAAGAACAAGCUGAAAAUAAACGAGGAGCUGCUGAAUAAUAUGAAGUCAAAGCUAAAAACGCAGCAGAAGCUUGAAAAGGACCUCAGAGCUCGUCAUUACAGGGAAAUGGUAAAGCACGACUGGGUGAAGAAAAGGAUACUCAAACUCAAAAGAGCCGGCUGUUUGAUGCAUUAUCCGGAUUUGUUGCUGGACUACGAUGCAACCGUCAAUCAUGUGCGGAGAAAGCGAUUAAUGGUCAGGAAACUCCGCCAAGAACACCUUCGCCUCGAGGAAAGGAUAUCAGAGGUGGACACCCAUAUCAAGACGAUAAACACGUCCCUCAGAACCAAACUUAGUUUUGCCUCCGUGUCCUUAAGUCGGCUAAGUAACAAGAGCCUCAGUGUAAUAAGAAGGUAGCAUUUUCUAGGGGUCAAUUUCUGUAUUUCUUUAGGUUCAUUUAUAAUACAUAAGAUAGAUGCACAAUAACGACUCAUAGUUCGAUGUAUA